AUGGAGAAUAUGGGAAUUAGUUUUAUUUUGAAGUUGAUCGUGAUAAUUUUAUUCAUUUUAACUGUAAUAAGAGCCGAGUUGAAAAAUGAAAGGAUUUUCUCGAUACGACACUUAAACUGGACAAUGGCGGCUACUGGAUGUAAAGACUCGUUUAACCAGGUGUUACUAGAGAUGCACAAUGAAAAUGAUAUGGAAAGUAUCAAGAGGGACGAAAUCUCAAAUCUUAAUAGGACUGUCUGUUCUGGUGCGGCUGUUCUCACGGUCGUGGGUUCUCAUCUGAUUUUCAUUGAAGAAGCCAUCUUUCCUUAUUUAUCCCAGUUGACCAUUGUAAACAGGACAUAUUGGUUGGGGUUACGUUAUUAUAAAGAACGAAAUGAGUUUCGCUGGCAGAAUGGUAGAAUUUCAAACUGGAGUAACUGGCAUCCUGAUCAACCUGUAUUCGCUGGUGAUAAACCCUGUGUUGCUAUGUCAACUAUAACUUCAACCUGGAAGGCGUGGAACUGUAGCGAUGAAUUACCUUACGUUUGUCACGAUCGUGAUCGAGACUACGAGUCAGCCAAGUCAAUCUAUCAUAAUACUAGUACUGAUAUAUUCGAGUAUUGUGUUAGUAGUUACUAUAGUCUAUAUUAUAAUCAGUUAUCUGUGUAUUAA